AUGCGCGCAGUCCAAGUCAGUGAAUACGUCAAGGGACCCCUCGAGCUCAAAGUCUCGACCAUUCCUACCCCAUCACCAGCAUCAGACAAGUACCUCAUCGAGAUCCACUCGGCCGGUACCAAUUUCUUCGAUAUCCUGCAGAUCCAAGGAAAAUAUCAGCACCAGCCUCCCCUGCCUUGGAUCGGCGGUUCCGAGUUCGCAGGAACGAUCCUCGCCGUCCCAACUUCCGCACCUAACUCCCGAUUCAAAGUCGGUGAGCGAGUCUUCGGUGCUAUUCAGGGUGCUUACGCAACUCAUAUCCUCGCGCCGGAGGCAUCCUUACUCCCCGUGCCGCAGGGUUGGAGUUUCGAGGAUGCAGCCGGGUUAUUCGUUACGGCGCCUACGUCCUAUGGAGCCCUAGUGCACCGUGCCGGUGUGAAAGAAGGUGACUGGGUUCUUGUUCAUGCUGCCGCUGGUGGUGUCGGGCUAGCUGCUGUGCAGAUUGCCAAGGCCAAGGGUGCGACUGUUAUUGCUACUGCCGGCACCAAGCGGAAGAGGGAGAUUGCGGUUGAGUUUGGGGCUGACUAUGUUAUUGAUUAUAAUGACAAGGCGUGGCCGGAGGAAGUGAAGAAGCUUUGUGCUGAAAAGAGGAGUGGAAAUGGCAAGGCGGGCGUUGAUAUUGUUUAUGAUCCUGUGGGCUUGAUUGAUGCCAGUUUGAAGUGUGUGGCGUGGAAUGCGCGGUUAUUGGUCAUUGGGUUUGCGGCUGGGAAGAUUGAGAAGGUUGCGUUGAAUCGGGUUUUGUUGAAGAAUGUGAGUUUGGUUGGACUUCAUUGGGGGAUGUAUGCGAAGUUUGAGACGGAGACGGUAAAGGAGGUGUGGAAGGGGAUUUUUGAUCUUGUUGCCAAGGGUCAGUUCCGGGGAACAGCGUUUAAGGAUGAGACUUUUGCUGGUUUGGAGAGUGUGCCCGGAGCUUUGAAGGCGCUGGGUGGUCGUGAGACUUGGGGGAAGGUCGUGGUGAAUGUGGUUGGUAAUGAGAAGGCUCAGAGCAAGCUGUAG